AAAAAAAUCACAUUUAUAAGAUCAUUAAUAUCCAAAAUUUGUUCAUUGGUGAGAUACAAAUUAUCUAAGAGAACAAAUCAAGAAUAACAAUAAGGGUUAUGGCUAUGAGGUCAAGAACACCUAUUCCUAGACCAAAACCUUCCAUUAAUCCUGUGUAUGAAACUUUGCAGCCUAAGUUAGAAUUGAAGGAAAAUGAGGAAGCAUAUUUUCUUCACAUUUACCUUCCGGGUUUUAUCAAGGAGAGGAUAAAGAUCAAUUAUGUGGCACUUUCUAGAACACUAAGGGUUAUAGGAGAAAGACAAAUAAUUGGUAGCAACAAAUCAAUCCAAUUUGACCAAUCAUAUCCUGUUCCAGAAAAUUGUGAAGUGGAAAAACUUCAAGGCAAGUUUGAACAUGGCACUCUCAUUGUUACAAUGCCAAAAAAGUUCCCAUCACUUAAAGCACAAGUUGAUACAACCAAAGAAAAAGUUGUAGCAAGUCCUAGAACACCAAAAGGAGCCAAUAUUCCUUCAAAAUCUUCAACACCUAGAGUACUAGAAGAACCUAUAAUUAGGGACAAGAAAGAUCCUUCAUCUCCAAGUAUUGUGAAAGGGUUAAAUGACUUGAAUAAGUUGAAGGAACAAAAAGGUGCUCAAAAAGACACUUUUCCAACUCAAAGUCCUAAGGGAAAAUUGAAACCAUUAGAACCCUUUGUAGAGUCUAGACCUCAAAAUUUUGAUGAGGAAAAUAAUGUGUUACUAAAAGCCAAAGGCAAAGAAAUAAAUGGAAAGGGUCAAGAGGAAAUUGAGCCAAAAUCCAAAAUUCAAAUGGAUCAUAUAAAACAAAUAGAUGAUGAAAAAAUUCAAGAGGAAAUUAGGAAAAAAGCUAUAUUAGAAACAAUUAGAAAACAAUUGCAUGGCGACGAAAAGGAAAGUGUCACAAAAAAGGAAAUUGAAGAAGAUAAGAAGACUUAUGAGUCAAGCAAGGUUGAUCAAAAAUAUGUUGAUCACAAUAUGUUUUUAGAAGGAAAAGAAAUUAAGGCAAGAAAAGUUUCACCAAAGGGAGAAGAAUCUUUUGCUCCAAAAGAUGCAAAGAAGGGAAAGGACACUAACAUUGGUAAAGCAAAGAGGGUUAAGAAGGGUGAAAUGUAUGCAAAAGAAAAAGGAAUCUUCAAAGAAGUGGCUUCUUCAGCUUCUCAAGUUGUAAAAAAAUUAGGAGAAGGAAAAUUGAAUGAACAAGAAAAGCCUUUAGUUGCAAAUAUUAGUGCUGCAAUUCUAGUAAUUGUAGCACUAGGAGCUUAUGCAACCUAUAAGUUUACUUCUUCUAGCAAAAACUAAAACUUGUUCUACCUAAAUUAUUAAUUCUACUCAUAUCUUGAAAUGUAAUUCAAAAUCAUGCAUAAUGUAAAUUAAAGCCAUGCAUACAAGAAUAAUAUACAAUUAGUUAUGUGAUUA